AGAGAGGAGGAGGGGAGGAGGGGAAUCAGUGAUCAACAUCAGCUCUACAGACUCCUCAGACAUUAAUCUGGUGUUAUUCGCUCGCAGCUUCGUCUCAGUGGUUCUCGGUGGUCUGUUCUCUCAGAGUGAUUCUGCAGCAGAGGUUGAGAUUACCGGAGGAAAACCCGGUUCGUCUCCGGCUGCUGGUGAGCAGGCCGCUCCUACUUCCUGGUUCACCACAGCCAGGCAGGAUGGCGAUCACCCCUCGACGGGUCCGUCUGAAGCCCUGGCUGGUGGCUCAGGUGGACAGCGGCAGGUACCCGGGUCUGGGCUGGAUCGACCGGGAGGCCAUGCGCUUCAGGAUCCCAUGGAAACACGCCACACGACACACACCCCAGCACGAGGACGAGGACACCAUAUUUAAGGCAUGGGCCGUAGAGACCGGGAAGUUCCAGGAGGGAGUUGAUGAACCUGAUCCCGCCAAGUGGAAAGCUCAGCUUCGAUGUGCCCUGAACAAAAGCAGAGAAUUCAACCUGGUCUACGACGGCACCAAAGAGGUCCCCAUGAACCCUUUGAAGAUCUACGAUGUCUGCGACAUCCCACAGCCCCUCAGUAGCCAGGCCUCCUCAGAUGCUGGUUCUUGGACUCCUGAUGAUGAUGGUGGAGAGGAAGAUCUUCCAAAUACACCAGAGUCUCUCCCUCCAUACCCAUCCAAUGGCACCAGUCCCUCUCCUCUCAUCAUGUGGUCUCCGAUGAGCUCGGACUCCUCUAUGCAGCCUCCCAGUUGUCCCCCUUCAAACGAGGUCUGGCCCAAAGAGGAGCCUCUUAAAAUCUGGCCUAAAGAGGAGCCUGUGGAUGUGGAGAUGCACCCUUCACCCCUGGGUGACAUGCCUCCCGCUGCUCUGCCUGAUCAACCGAUGCAGCAACCUACUCUACCCGACGUCCUGUUUGCCUCUCCAGAGAUGUGGAUCAGUUCCCUACCGAUGACCGACCUGGAGGUGCAGUUCUGGUACAGAGGUAAGGAGAUGUGUCCCACAGCGAACGUCAGCAACCCGCAGGGCUGCAGGCUGUUCUACGGAGACCUCGGCCCCAUGGUCAACCAGGAGGAGCUGUUCGGGCCUGUGAACCUGGAACAGCUCCGCUUCCCGACCACGGAGCACAUCACCAAUGACAAGCAGAGGAUUUUCACCAACCGCCUGCUGGAUGUGAUGGACAGAGGCCUAAUCCUGGAGGUCAGCGGUCACGACAUCUACGCGGUGCGUCUCUGCCAGUGCAAGGUGUACUGGUCCGGUCCCUGCGCUCCAAAUCCAACUGCUCCGAAUCUCAUAGAGCGCCAGAGGAAGGUCAAACUCUUCUGCCUGGAGUCCUUUCUCAGUGGAGUGAUCGCCCACCAGCGCGGCCAGACACCAAUCCCUCCUACCUUUGAAAUCAACCUGUGUUUUGGAGAGGAGUGGCCUGAUGGGAGGCCCAGAGAGAGGAAACUUAUCAUGGUUCAGAUCAUUCCAGUGGUAGCCCGCAUGAUAUGCGAGAUGUUUUCUGGCGACAACACGCGAUCCUUCGACAGCGGCAGCGUUCGCCUGCAGAUCUCUAUCCCAGAUAUCAAAGACAACAUAGUGACCCACCUAAAGCAGCUGUACUGCCUGCUGCAGACCCACCAGGACGGCUGGGCGCUGCCACCCGGCCAGGGCAUCAACAUCGUCCAGGCUCUGCAGGCACAGUGAAGCAAACAUAUACAUCACUGUGUGUGUCUCACACUGCUACUGUUAGCAAAGAAGUACUUAUGUGAAAUCAGAUUUAGAAGUGUGCACACUAUACUGUAGGAUUCUUGUGCUUUUCUCUAGUAAUGUGCUACUGUGACGAUGCUUUUCUGUAUAUAGAAGUAGUGGCUUCAAGCCUGCAUCCCUCUGCAUGCUUUGUGCAGGAUCUGUAGACGGAUGAGGUGACUGCAUGGGCCAAAGUCCUGCUUGCUGCAACGGAACAUUUAACAAAGUUAAUGAGUUACAGAAAUCUCCCUGUGCCUUAUUUGUCUUUCCUGGAGUCAAGAAACACUACAGAAUACCUUUUUAUCUUUUGACCUCAUUAUAAAAUGUUUUGAAGCAACACAUUCAGUGUGGGAUUUGUAUGUGAUGGAUAAAAUAGAGGCAAUAAUGAAUCAAAGUAUAGAUUAUUCUAUUCAUUUAUGACUAAUCAGACUAGACUGUUUGAGAUCUAUUUAUCCUGCCAGCACAUGUAAUUAAAUGUUUCACUUUUUUAAACAAAUGUUUGACAGAAGCAUCAGUUUUCUGGUGACCUGGCCUGCAGAUUUGUCUUCAGUUUUAUUUUUCCAUCUAUAUCGUAGGAUAUUUUUGUAUUCACAUCUUUGAUUUUUAAGCCAUUUGUUGUAUCCAUUUAACUAAACAACAUUCAGCUAUAAAUAUAUAUAUGGGUCUGUUUUAAUAUGGAUGCCACUGCACUUUGGGGUGCUGAAUUAUGUUUUACGUCUAGUUGAAUUCAUCCUGUGAUUGUUUAUUUUAUCAAUAAAAAAAUGCCAAAAUAA